GGCCGUGCGGGGAUGGCAACAUGGCGGCGCGAGGGCCGGCUGACGGGGGCGCAGGCGGCGUGGUGCGCGGGGCUGGCGGGGGCGGCGGGGCAGUCGGCGUCGGCGCCGCUGGAGACGCUGUGCGCGCUGGGCCAGGCGCGGGCGGGCUUUCCCCGGGGACCGGGCGGGCUGCGGGAGGGGGCGCGGCGGCUGGUGCGGGCCGAGGGCAAGGCCGCGCUCUGGAAGGGCAACCUCGCCGCCCUCCUCCGCCUCCUCCCCGCCGCCGCCGCACAGCUCGCCGCCCAGCGCAGGUUCGUGAUGCUGUUUGUGGACGAGGCGGGCCACAUCUCCCAUUGGGGCUCCAUUGCGGCCGGGGGCAUGGCGGGAGUGGUAGCCGCUGUGGCCACGUACCCGGCAGAGGUCAUCCAAACGCGGCUCAUCAUGCAGAACCGGCUGCAGCCUUCCUACAAAGGCGUCCUCCACGCUCUCUGCACCAUCUGCCACCAGGAAGGCGUCACUGCGCUUUACCGGGGGGUUUCGCUCUCCGUCUUAGGUGCGAUCCCCUUCUCGCUGGGCUCUUUCCUCGUUUACACUCACCUGGAUAGAAUCUGGGGGGAACCCAGCCUCGGCUUCACUCCGCUACAGAACUUCACCAACGGCUGCCUGGCGGCUGCGGUCGCACAAACAUUCUCCUUCCCGUUCGAAACGAUCAAGAGGAAGAUGCAGGCGCAGAGCCCUUGCCUCCCCGACAACGGAGGGGUCGACGUCCAUUUCUCCGGCCUGAUGGACUGCUUUAAGCAAACGGUGAAGACCAAAGGCUGGCUGGCGCUUUGGAACGGACUCACGGCCAACUUGCUCCGGAUUGUCCCUUACUUUGGGGUGAUGUUCAGCACUUUUGAGUUCUGCCGGCGCAUCUGCCUCUAUCGGAACGGGUACAUUGACUCCCCGCUGAGCAACCAGCUCACUCCGGGCGUGGAUCAGAGCCUGAGGCCCAAGGAGCUGCGGGAAUUCAAGCUCCUCGGGAGAAGGAACGUUUGAGGCUCGUCCGGGAAGGCGCACUUUCGCGUUGCCAAAGGGACGUGGUGCCGAACUGAACUGGCAGCUACGGAGAGAGAGAGAGGCUGCAGGGAAGGGACUUAAUCGGAUGUAACUUAGAGAUAAGGCACAUCCUGCAGCACUAGGCGACCCGUCGGCCUUUCAAGGGGAACUCCAGACAAGAAACAACCAGGGACAGCUAAUCACCUCUCAGCAAAGGAUUCUCCCAGGCAGUAACAAGGCACACCAAAAAAAAAACUUCCAGGCCAUCAAAUGCUAAUCAAGGUGGGAGAGAGUGGCUUUCUAAGGACCAACCACCGUCCACGUUUCUAGGGCGACUACACCAUUUUCGUUCCUGGGUUGGAAAUGUCGCUUCCUCAUUGGUUCUAGUAUAAACACAUGGAAAAGACUAUUCAACUCCACAAACAACCAAGUGCUAGUUAACACCUCCCAAACAGAGGGUGCCUCCAGGCAACAACAGCCAGGCUGCCUCUGUGCAAACACCCUUCCUGAUUGACUUUGCAAACUUCAUGGCUAUUCAAUGCUAUUUAAGCUUGCUCAUUUUAAUAUUCAACACUUGCUUCAAAUAGACAAGGGUUCUUUCUCCCACCCUGAGCAUUAUUCCACAGAGGGUGCCUCCAGGCAACAACAGCCAGGCUGCCUCUGUGCAAACAUCCUCCCUGAUUGACAUUGCAAACUU